UGAGAGCACCCAGGGAGCCAUCCGUAGGCCUACCUUCUCAACCCUGGGAACCGUGAGGCGUCUCUGAAGGCUCUUCUUUCUGCCUGCUAUGAUGUUUAAGUUUCAUUUGGCCCCAAGGGGCCUGAGGCUCCUGAGUAUCCGACAUGCCUCUAUAAUGCCCCCCUCAAAUACCCAACACAUCAAGUACAAGCCCAUCAAGAAAGUCAUGGUGGCCAACCGAGGUGAGAUAGCCAUUCGAGUGUUCCGGGCCUGCACAGAACUUGGCAUCCGCACUGUGGCCGUGUAUUCCGAGCAGGACACUGGGCAGAUGCAUCGGCAGAAGGCAGAUGAGGCGUACCUCAUUGGACGUGGUCUUAGCCCAGUGCAGGCCUACCUGAACAUCGCAGACAUCAUCAAGGUGGCCAAGGAGAAUAACGUCGAUGCCAUUCACCCCGGCUAUGGGUUCUUGUCGGAGCGUGCUGAUUUUGCUCAGGCCUGUCUGGAAGCUGGGAUCAAAUUCAUUGGUCCCAGCCCUGAGGUGGUGCGCAAGAUGGGGGACAAGGUGGAGGCCCGGGCCAUUGCCAUUGCUGCAGGUGUCCCAGUGGUUCCAGGCACAGACACCCCCAUCUCCUCCUUACACGAGGCUCAUGAAUUCUCCAAAACCUAUGGCCUCCCAAUUAUCUUCAAAGCUGCCUAUGGAGGCGGGGGUCGUGGCAUGAGGGUCGUACAAAACUUUGAGGAGUUGGAUGAGAAUUUUAACCGGGCUUAUUCCGAGGCCUUGGCCGCCUUUGGGGAUGGGACACUGUUUGUGGAAAAAUUCAUUGAGAAUCCACGUCACAUUGAAGUGCAAAUUCUGGGGGACCAGCAUGGGAACAUUGUGCACCUCUAUGAACGGGACUGCUCAAUCCAGCGGAGGCAUCAGAAGGUGGUGGAGAUCGCUCCGGCCACUCUCCUGGACACCCAACUCCGGAAUCGCCUGACCAGUGACUCGGUCAAGUUAGGCAAGCAGGUUGGCUAUGAGAAUGCGGGCACAGUGGAGUUCCUCAUAGACAAACAUGGCAAACACUAUUUCAUCGAGGUCAAUUCUCGCCUACAAGUGGAGCACACGGUCACCGAGGAGAUCACCCAUGUAGACCUCGUCCAUGCCCAGAUCCAUGUAGCUGAGGGCCGGAGCCUGCCGGAUCUGGGCCUUCUGCAAGAGAAUAUUCGAAUCAGUGGUUGUGCAAUCCAGUGUCGGGUGACAACGGAGGACCCAUCCCGAGGCUUCCAGCCAGACACCGGCCGGAUUGAGGUGUUCCGUAGUGGUGAGGGGAUGGGCAUCCGCUUGGACAAUGCCUCUGCCUUCCAAGGGUCAGUCAUCUCCCCGCACUAUGAUUCCCUGUUGGUCAAAGUCAUAGCCCAUGGAAAGGACCACCCCACAGCUGCCACCAAGAUGAGCCGGGCACUGGCUGAGUUCCGGGUCCGAGGGGUAAAGACCAACAUCCCCUUCCUGCAGAAUGUUCUCAACAACCAGCAGUUCCUGGCGGGCACCGUGGAUACCCAGUUCAUCGAUGCAAACCCCGAGCUCUUCCAGAUGCGGCCUGUACAGAACCGGGCCCAGAAGCUGCUGCACUACCUGGGUCACGUCAUGGUAAAUGGGCCCCAGACCCCGAUCCCUGUCAAGGCCAGCUCCAGCCCCACGGAUCCCAUCAUCCCCCCCGUCCCCAUGGGCCCGCCUCCACCUGGUUUCAGAGACAUCCUGCUGCGUGAAGGUCCCGAGGGCUUUGCCCGGGCCGUGCGGAACCACAAGGGGCUGCUGCUAAUGGACACGACCUUCCGGGAUGCCCAUCAGUCCUUGCUGGCCACACGAGUGCGGACCUACGACCUCAAGAAGAUCGCCCCCUAUGUCGCCCACAGCUUCAACGACCUUUUCAGUCUGGAGAACUGGGGGGGAGCCACGUUUGACGUUGCCAUGCGCUUCCUGUACGAGUGUCCGUGGCGGAGGCUGCAGGAGCUCAGAGAGCUCAUCCCCAACAUCCCCUUCCAGAUGCUGCUGCGGGGCGCCAACGCCGUGGGCUACACCAACUACCCCGACAACGUGGUCUUUAAGUUCUGCGAGGUGGCCAAGGAGAACGGGAUGGACGUGUUCCGCGUCUUCGAUUCCCUCAACUACAUGCCCAACCUGCUGCUGGGCAUGGAGGCGGCGGGCAGUGCCGGGGGCGUGGUGGAGGCAGCCAUCUCCUACACGGGCGACGUGGCCGACCCCACGCGCACCAAGUACUCCCUGCAGUACUACAUGGACCUGGCCGAGGAGCUGGUGCGGGCGGGGACGCACAUCCUGUGCAUCAAGGACAUGGCGGGCCUUCUGAAGCCGGCCGCUUGCACCCUGCUGGUGGGCGCCCUCCGAGACCGCUUCCCGGAGCUCCCCCUGCACAUCCACACCCACGACACGGCCGGCUCCGGGGUGGCCAACAUGCUGGCCUGUGCCCAGGCGGGGGCGGACGUGGUGGACGUGGCCGUGGACUCCAUGUCGGGGAUCACGUCCCAGCCCAGCAUGGGGGCCCUCGUGGCCUGCACUCUGGGGACCCCCUUCGACACAGGGGUGCCUUUGGAGCGGGUGUUUGACUACAGCGAAUACUGGGAGGGCGCCCGCGGCCUGUACGCCCCCUUCGACUGCACGGCCACCAUGAAGUCCGGGAACUCGGACGUGUACGAGAACGAGAUCCCGGGAGGCCAGUACACGAACCUGCACUUCCAGGCCCACAGCAUGGGGCUGGGCAACAAGUUCAAAGAAGUCAAGAAGGCCUACGUGGAGGGCAACCAGAUGCUGGGGGACCUCAUCAAGGUGACCCCUUCCUCCAAGAUCGUGGGGGACCUGGCCCAGUUCAUGGUGCAGAACGGGCUGAGCCGAGCCGAGGUGGAGGCCAAGGCCGAGGAACUGUCCUUCCCGCGCUCGGUGGUGGAGUUCUUGCAGGGCUACAUCGGCAUACCCUACGGGGGCUUCCCCGAACCCUUUCGAUCCAAGGUCCUGAAGGACCUGCCCCGGGUCGAGGGGCGGCCGGGCGCUUCCAUGACUGCCCUGGACUUGGCGAAGCUGGAGAAGGAGCUGAAGGAGCGCAACGAGGAGAUCACCCCCGAGGACGUGCUGUCGGCCGCCAUGUACCCCGACGUCUUUCAGCAGUACAAGGACUUCACGGCCACCUUCGGGCCCCUGGAGUGCCUCAACACCCGCCUCUUCCUGCAGGGGCCCAAAGUCGCCGAAGAGUUUGAGGUAGAGCUGGAACGGGGCAAAACGCUGCACAUCAAGGCCCUGGCCCUGGGGGACGUGAACCGGGCCGGCCAGAGGCAGGUGUUCUUCGAGCUCAACGGGCAGGUGCGCUCCCUCCUCGUCAAGGACACCCAGGCCAUGAAGGAGAUGCAUUUCCACCCCAAGGCCCUGAAGGACGUCAGGGGCCAGAUCGGGGCCCCGAUGCCCGGCAAGGUGAUCGACAUCAAGGUGAAGGUGGGGGACAAGGUGGCCAAGGGGGCGCCGCUGUGCGUGCUGAGCGCCAUGAAGAUGGAGACCAUGGUGACGGCGCCCCUGGAGGGCACCAUCGCCAAGGUCCACGUGACUCGCGACAUGACUCUGGAGGGCGACGACCUCAUCUUGGAGAUUGAGUGACCGGCAUUCCCUCGUCCCCAGUGCCUUAGCGGUAGAGGCCUGCUCGCCCCCUCCUUCAGGAAAGCGCGGCCGCGGCCCACCUGGAGGCCAGCACCCGGGGCAAGGGCAGGCCGACCCUGGGACCGGCUGCUCCCCAGGAAGGGGUGCGAGAGCCCUCCCUCUCCACCAUCUCCUUCCCCCACUGCCCAUCGUGUCCUGCCCUCUGCGGGACGUGUUUCUUUGCCAAAUCGGCGCCCUCUCUUUGGGGAGAGUGGGGGGUCCAGGCCAGGAAGGUCCGGGGGACACGACCCCCUCAUCUCAGCCUUGAAAGACUCAGAAACUCAAUAAAGCCAAUUGUCAUCUCGC